AUGGCGAUGGCGUCCGUCCUGGGAGCAGAAAUCGCAAAGUUCAUGGUCAUCGAUAAUUUCACCCACACGUCGGUCAUCCCGUGCUGCAACGACGGCUGGGCGGUGGUCAGAGAGCAAAACGCGGUAACUGUCGACCCGUGGUUACUGGCCAACGAUUUUCACGUUCAGCCGAUGGACCAGGCGCCGGUCCUCGCCAGCACAGCCGACUCCUACUACAACCAGUGCACCUGGUACAUGCUAAACACUAGCAAGGGGAUGACGACGGACCCAUCUCGUCUGGGGCUGCUAAAACUGACUUGUAAAUGCAAGAGCCGAUUCAGCGGUGAGCACUGCCAACUGAACACCAUGGCACUGGCCAGGGGUAAUGGCGGUGACGGUCACAGCUUUCGGAUAUUCCUUAUGUUGGCAGUCAUUCCCCUCGUGUUCAGCUUUCUAGCCGCUUUGUUCAGCUUUGUACUGAAAAGUUGCUGUUGCUCGUCGAUCGGCAUCGACUGGACUUACUGCGAGUCGCUGAAAAGGCUGAAAUUAUGGCGGUGUUGCCUGGCGACCAAGCAAGAGGACCAACGGCAGCAUCACCGGUCGCACAUUGACUAUAACUUGGACAUACGAGGAGAAGGAACGGCAUGCAACGAAAACCUCUCUAUGCCAAGGUACAUGUCUUCCGAAGUGGAAUUUGACCAGCAGCGUAAAGAAAGCCCCCCUCCAACCUACGAGGAAGCGGCUCCUAUAGCAGUUGUCACGAAACUUUGA